GUAACUCAGGACCGAUUGUUUUGGGUUUUUUAAGUUGUUGUUUUGUUUUUUUAAGACUUUCUAUACUUGAUCUAAUUAGAAGACACAUACAUAUAUUUUUACAUGUAUAUGUUUUGUUUUUUAUUUGUUCUGAGUUUAAUUCCAUCUCAGCUGUGAACCCAUUAUGUUAACCAGGAAGAGGCCAGGUGGGAUUAGGACAGCCCUCUGCGGGAAUGUGACUUAGUCAGCGUGCUCGGACUGAAGUUAUGACUUUAAUAUGGCUGAUAAAGGUCCGCUUUUAACUUCGUGUAUAAUUUUUUAUCUGUCGAUUGGAGGCGCGAUAUUCCAAAUUUUUGAAGAAGAAAACUGGAAAUCAGCCAGAGACCUCUAUGUCAAAGAAAAGGAAGACAUUCUGAAGAAAUUUAACUUGACUAAAGAGAAUCUGACUGAGAUACUGAAGGUAGUAUCAGAGGCUGCCGGGCAAGGCGUGGCGAUCUCCGGGGACAAGGAUCGCAGUCCGUGGGACUGGGGGAGUUCUGCCAUCUUCGCUGCCUCCAUUGUCACCACUAUAGGUUAUGGUAAUAUUGCCCCCAGGACAAAAGGUGGACGUAUUUUCUGCAUCCUUUAUGGUCUGUGUGGGAUCCCUCUGUGUCUGGUAUGGAUAAGUGAGCUGGGUUCAUUCUUUGGAGACCGGGCCAAGCGUCUGUCUGGGGUGAUGAUAGACAAAGGCAUAUCAGUGAAAAAAGUCCAGUAUACCUGUAUAGCCUUGUUCCUUCUAUGGGGGCUGUUGGUGCAUCUGGUGAUUCCGCCGUUUGUUUUCAUGUCCAUGGAACAAUGGACCUACUUAGAAGGUUUCUACUUCUCUUUCAUCACACUCACAACAGUUGGCUUUGGAGAUUAUGUGGCAGGCGUAAAUCCAGACAUAAACUACCCCCGCCUCUACAUAGUAGGUAAAGAAUUAUGGAUUUGCAUGGGCCUAGCUUGGCUGUCCCUGUUCUUCAGCUGGAAUGUCCACAUGGUAGUUGACGCUUCCAAAGUACUAAAGAAAAAAUGGCAAAAACGCAGGCACAGAAACUUCUAUCAUGAGGAGCUAGUGCCUUUAGAGGACAAGCCACAUGGGAAUGUAAAGCCCAACGUUGUUGACAUCUUUGGCUUCUUAUCUGAAAAGGAGGAAGACUACAAUACUGUCAUAAAAGAGAUUGGAAUGAGAAGACACAAACCAGCGCCAGCAGACAAAAUGAAUCGCUCAAAGAGCUGCAGUGACCUCCACGGCACCUCUAUCCACAACUUGGAGCACUCUCCAAGGCGCAGACGUAUGAUCAGUAUCAGCGAAGUAUUCCUCAAUGCAAAGGCCGAGGGGGACAAUGACAUAAAAGACGAGAUGCUCCCGUUAUUGCAAGAAAGCAUGGGGGACCCUGAAGUGCGUGUGGAAACUGACGAGGAACAAAAGGACAGCUGUGCUGCUGACUCAGAAGAUUGUGAUAUUGCCCUCAGUGGACCUGCCAAAAUAGAAGAGGAAACUGUAGAGCAUCCUGAUGGGGGGGAGACUAGGUUUAGGAUUUCCAAGGUGGCUGAAGAAGAAUUGCUGUUGGGAAACGAUGAGAAAGGGUAAAAGAAUUGUCCAAAGGCGUAUGCUGCUUUAAUGUACCGAGAGAACAAAAUGUGGAAAUGACACUGCAUAUGGCAUCUACAGGAACAAAAGCUGACAGUCGAAUGGUUUCCUGUCUUACAAGGUCACUAUUUUUUUA